AUGAAAAGUUACCGCUUAAUAAUUCACGUAUUAAUUUUCCUAUUAAUAGGAUACUCUGGAUGUUCAGAUAAACCUACUAACACACAGGGUUCUAACUCUAGUGAAGAUAAUCUUCCAAAAAUUGGAGGAUUAUCUUUAGUAGAUUAUAGUGAUAGUGAUGAUGAAGAUAAUUUUCAGGUAACAACUACUUCUGAAACUACUCAGACUGAAACUAUAACUGAAGAAACUACUGAUGGACAGACUGAAACUCAGAAUGAACCUGUUAAGGAUGUAGGAAUACAAACAGAAACAGAACCACAUCAAUAUCAACCACAUGUUCCUUAUCAACCUACUCAACAACCACAACAACCUCAGUAUGGAUAUCAGCCUAUACCUUAUCAACCUGUUCAUUAUCAACCUCAACCUGUUUAUCAACAAGGAUAUCAAUAUCCUGAAUAUGGACAAUACCAACCUAUACCUCAGCCAUAUACAGCUUAUGAACAGUAUACACAACCUACUCCACCAGGUUAUACAGGCUAUGAACCUCCUCAAGGAUAUCAACCUCAACCUGUUUAUCAACCUUAUCAACCACCUCAGCCACAACAACAACCAUAUUAUCCCGGAUAUGGACCAGAACAAUAUCAACCUUAUCCACCUGCUCCUUAUGUACAGUAUCCACAACCUACACAACCAUAUGGACCUCAAACAGAAUUUACUCAACCACAUGGUCCUUAUCAACCUCAACCUCCACAAUAUCAACCUCAUGAACCUCAACAAUCUCACUCAAGUCGUAAAAAAUAUCAACAGCACAAACCACGUUAUGCAGAAACAAUACCACGUUUUUCAAAUUUGCAAUUAAGAACUCGUGGUCAACACACUAAACCUAGAUAUACGACUACAGAACCACCAACACAAUCUAGACAACCUAUACACAUACUUAAACGACCAGGUCAAGGAACUCAAACUACUACUCAAGAACCUACUCAACCUACUACUGAACCAGCUGGGUUACAGCCUGAAACUAUUCCAGUAGAAGUUGGAUCAGAUGAUGAUGAAGAUCAAGGAGAAGAUGAACCUCCUGGAGAUGGAGAAGGUGAAGAUAAUGAAAAAGAAAAAAAACCUAAAAAAAUAAAAAAAUGUAAAGAUAUCAAAUUCUUAAAGAAGGAUAAUUAUGGAAACGCGAUUCCAAUGACUGAAAAGGAUUAUGAAAUUGUUUAUGAAAAUGAUUAUAGUGUCAAAUAUAUAUUCAAACCAACACUUGAUGAAGUACUUUGUGACGGUGAGAGUGUAUAUAAGCAUAGAGUAAGAAACAGAAGAACUUCAUCACUGAUUUAUAACAAAAUGAGACAUAAUUUUAUAUUAGAAAAUGUAGAAGGGAUGUAUGUAUGUAACUAUAAAAAUAAUUUUUGGAAAGUAUUUCGUCAUAAAUUUUUACCAAUGGUUCAUCUAUACACAAAAGAUUCUUAUGGAAAUGUUAUGAAGCUGAGUAGUGAAAACUAUACCAUUGAGAUUGGUGAUAAAGGUUCUUAUAAAUUCACAAUUAAAGAUGGUGUAAAGUGUAGUAAAAUCACAUUAAGUAAACACUUAGUUUGGGAAAAAAAGAAUAAUGAAGAUUAUCCCAUAUGUUUUUAUAUUAACCUGAAAUAUGAAUUUUAUAUAUUAUUUAAAGAUUACAUUUACAAAUAUACAAGAAGAGGUAAUGUAUAUAUGCCAGCACAUCCUAUUACAAGUGAUCAACUAAAAAAAGAAAACUAA